UGGUCACCUCGGAUCCAGCAGACAGCCCCAGAUUUUUCUGGACAAGCUGUAGUCAAUGGUCAGUUUAAGAAUAUCCAACUUUCAGACUUCCGUGGAAAAUAUCUUGUUCUGUUUUUCUACCCUCUAGAUUUUACGUUUGUGUGUCCAACAGAAAUUAUCGCGUUUAGUGAUAACAUCGAUAAAUUUCAUGCAUUAAAUACAGAGGUGGUUGGUGUAUCUACAGACUCACAUUUCAGCCAUCUUGCUUGGAUCAAUAUGCCCAGGAAGUCAGGUGGUCUUGGAGGGUUAAAGUAUCCCCUACUAUCAGAUUUUAGUAAAGAAAUAUCAAAAGAAUAUGAUGUUUUAUUAGAAGAGGAAGGCAUAGCUUUAAGGGGUUUGUUUAUUAUUGAUCAAGUAGGAGUUGUCAGACAGAUUACAGUAAAUGACCUACCAGUGGGACGUUCUGUUGAAGAAACAUUAAGAUUGGUUGAAGCUUUCCAGUUCACUGACAAGCACGGAGAA